UGAACCUGGCAGUGGCACUCUCUCGCCCGUCACAUGCGCAUGCAAGUGGGGCUGCCGGACACCGGCAUGUUCAGCCCCUCACUUCCCAACCUGCUCGGCCUCCACACUGCUCGGCUCAUCUACUGCCGGCCACCCCCUGCUCGCCUCGGCCACUCCCGCAUGCUGCCAAGGUGGUAGGGGUGGCAGAGAGCAUGAGUUACUUCACUUGCCCGGCCUGCUCCCACCGCGCCACCAUCUUCGCCCAUGGAGGCGCCCGCCAGGCUGCUGCUGACUUGGGGAUCGACUUCCUUGCACAGUGGGUCGUCAAGGAAGGAGUCUGCUUGUGUAAAUCGGAGGCUGUCGUUGCAGCCUACAAGCCCCACAUUGUGAUCGCAUGCUGUUUGCUGGAUGACGGCACCAAUGAGGGGGCAAGCGUCAGUCCACUUGGAGUGGAUUGGACCGCAGCCAUGAGGCGGCAGCCAUCCGCGAGGGAGUACAUUCUCGUGGGGGGGGGGGGCAUCUGUGAUCAUCACCUGCAUACAUGGCGCUUCCCUGACUUGCUGGGGUGGCAGGCUGAAGAGGAGAAAACAGUGGACGUGAAGAAAGAGAGGAGGGGGAGAAAGGAGUGGAUGAAGAGAAGGAAGAGAAAGAAGAGAUAUAUGAGGGGGAAUAGGAGGGAGAGGAGGACGAGGGGGAAGAGGAGGGAGAGGAGGAGGGCAAGGAGUGGAAGCAGGAUGACAAUGAAGUGGACAGGAGCGGGGGGGGGAGGAGUGCACCCUGGGACGAUUGAGCCACGACCAUUUGCAGGAACACGGCGAGGUUCACAGUGA